AUGGCAAUCACACCCGUAAAUACAACUUACACAAGGGACUUCACCUUUACACCUGAAUUGGUGACUUCAAACUACAAACAAAAGUAUCAAUCAUUAAAUUAUUCAGCAUGUCCAGAACAGGCUCAUGGAUGUUGUAUAAUAAAUUCAGAAGCAGAAUUGGUGGUUGAAGAGGUUGAAAAAGUGGCAAAUGCAAUAGAAAAGGUGGCAAUGAUAGCAGAGAAGGUAUCAGAAGAGGUAGCAGAGAAACUUCCAGAGGAUGGUAAGCUAAAAAAAGCAGCUUUGGUUGUAGAACGUUUAUCAAAACAGGCUGCUCAUGAUGCUGAAUUGACAAUAGAGUUCAUACACAAGGUUGACGAAUUCAAGAAUGACCUUGAUGAUUUGGAGUCCUUCAUCGCACCCAUAGUUGACAAAAUUGUGAAGAAAGAAUCUGAAAGGAAGUGA